AUGGAGACCGAGUCGGGGACGCAAACAUCAAAUCAGACGCAAACAGAUUCAUUAUCUUCAUCCCUUAAUCCUGUGUCACCUGUGCCUUUGAAUAACCCAACAAGUGCCCCAAGAUAUGGAACUGUGAUCCCUAAUCGCAUCUUUGUAGGAGGAAUUGACUUUAAGACAAAUGAAAAUGAUUUAAGAAAAUUCUUUGCCCAGUAUGGGUCUGUAAAAGAAGUGAAGAUUGUAAAUGACAGAGCUGGAGUGUCCAAAGGGUAUGGUUUCGUCACUUUUGAAACACAAGAUGAUGCACAAAAAAUUUUACAAGAGGCUGAAAAACUUAAUUAUAAGGAUAAGAAACUAAACAUUGGUCCAGCAAUAAGAAAACAACAAGUAGGGAUCCCUCGUUCCAGUAUAAUGCCAGCAGCUGGAACAAUGUAUCUAACAACUUCAACUGGAUAUCCUUAUACUUAUCAUAAUGGUGUUGCUUAUUUUCAUACUCCGGAGGUAACUUCUGUCCCACCACCUUGGCCUUCACGUUCUGUAUCUAGUUCCCCUGUGAUGGUAGCUCAGCCUGUUUAUCAGCAACCUGCAUAUCACUACCAGGCCCCUGCACAGUGUCUACCAGGACAGUGGCAGUGGGGUGUUCCUCAGUCUCCUGCCUCUUCUGCUCCGUUCCUAUACCUGCAACCAUCUGAGGUUAUUUAUCAACCAGUGGAAAUUACACAAGAUGGUGGAUGUGUUCCUCCUCCACUGUCUCUGAUGGAAGCUUCAGUUCCAGAGCCUUAUUCUGAUCAUGGAGUUCAAGCAACAUAUCACCAAGUUUAUGCUUCAAGUACCAUUGCUAUGCCUGCACCUGUGAUGCAGCCUGAACCAAUUAAAACAGUGUGGAGCAUUCAUUAUUAAGACAAUUGGGCAGCUCUCAUCCAGCUCAACUGAUUUCUUGUCCAAGGAUCCUUGUGUGACCAAGAUCCAGCUUCAACAAACCAGCUAGAAGCUGCCCAUUGUGAAACUUAGGGUUAGUUAAUACCUCGCCAUACUUACUUAUUCCACUAUAAACUGUCUAAAUUUGAUGAAGUUUGCUUCUUCAGCUGUUCUACAAAAUUAUUUAGGUAGAUGUGACCUGUUGUUGUUUUUUUAAUGUGUUAAUCUAACUGUAGUAACAUUUUCUACAUGUUUUAUCCAUUCCAUAAAUAAUAACCACAAUGAGAAUAGUGAGGUGUCUUUCAUUUUCUGUUUUGUGUUCUUAACAUUUUAGAAGUUAUGUUUCAUGUUCUUUGCCAUCUAUUUUAAUAUUUAGGAAAGGAGUCAUUUCUAAUUCUAAUGGAAUUUUUAAUACUUGAAUGCCUUUUAGUAUAUAUUUAAUCUUAAUGAUUCAGUUCUACCACUUUGCUAUUUUGUCACUUAAUAUGUUUUUGUCUAUUUGUUAAUGCUAUUCUAUUUAAUUCUGCUUCUGCCAUAGUUUUCAAAAUUUGAAUAGUACCUAUACUUUUUUAUAACAUUUUCCAAAUAUCGGAAAUACCAGCAUGAUCAACAUGAUCAGUAUUCUUGCCUUUUCAUGUGAUUAUUAUAACUACAUUAAAAUUUUUCUUUUAAUAUUUGAGAUAAUGCUGUAACCUUCCUAUAACAUAAGCCAUUUGGCACCAAAUCUUAUAUAAUAUGGAUCACCUAAUAGAAUUGUUUUGAUAAAAGAAGAGCUCACCUCUGAUAUGAUCCCAUAACACUGACUGAUAUUUCACUGUAUUUUAGUGUCCUUCGAAUGCUUUAAUCUUUUUACCUUUUCUUAUAUGUUACCAAUAUAUUCAAUUAUAUAUGUUAUUAGUUUUUAAAAGGACAAAUUGUUUUCAUAAAAAGCAAAACUAUUUCUUACACCAAAGGAAAACUUCAAAUUCUGAUUCUAAAACCAAGUCUUAAUAUAAAAUUGGAAAAUAGGUAGGGAAGAAAGCCAUUUUUCAAAAGUUACAGAAGAAAUCCUAAGUGUUACUACUAAAAUUUCUGUAGUAGUAUUAAAAAUCCUUCUUAUAUUCAUUUUCAGUUCUUUCACUGACUUCCUAAUUUUAGAACAGAAGGAGAAAAGCCAUAACCAUAAAUAUUGGCAUUACCCUAAUAAAUCUCUCUUCCCUCUUCUAUUCCAUCUCCAAAUGUCUUCCAUGCUCAGUAGCUGCAGAAGCAGCAACAGAUAUAAUAGGACAUAGACCCAAAGUUUUUCCUGGUGAGUCAAAUAGGGUAUUUAUUUUUAAACCAUAAUUAAUAUGUUUAUCAGUCAAAUUGUUUCAUGAGACCAGUAAGCCAUAUGAACAUACUAGCAUACAAGGAUACUAUAUACAUUAGUUAUUCUCAGUGUUUAAAAAUGUAAAUAGAAUAAGUUCCACAGUGAAAUUUCAAAAGUUUUUGUUUUGUAAGUAAAAAGUAUUAACCACUGAUGUUAGAGAUCUUCUUUUAAUAGUACUAUCCUGAGAACAAACAAAGUUAAUGUUUUGAUUUUCAAAAUGUUAAACGUGAUGCUAAACAAAUCCUGGACUGUUAAUAAAAAAUUAAUGAUGUAUUAUUAGAUAAGGAA